AUGAUUCGCCUCAUCUUCACGACAACAGCAAUAAUAACCAGCUCCUCAGCAAUCUACUUCUACAUCUUCCACUCAGGCCUAUCAAAACGCGUAACGCACCAGUCCUACACCGGAACCCUCUCCGCAGCCCCCAAACCAGCAAGUAUAAAAUCAAUCCCAGAACCCGUCUUCGGCGAUGGGUACUUUACGGUUUACGACCACGCCUCAAAGUCUGUACCGCGGGCCUCCCUCCCCAGCAGCGAGACUACAGACAUGCUCUUCACAAGACUCGUGCGCCGCAACAUGAGGGCAUUCUCUCGGUCCCCGCAGGCGCUUAUGCUUGCUAUGGCCAGUAAGACGUCGGAGCAGAAGGAGAGUUUUGGCACGGGACAUCUUUCCGAGCUGGAUUUUGAGGUUGGAGAUUUGGUUUGUGGGGCUUAUCGCGUUGUGGUGCGGAGCAAGGAUCGGGUUGAGUUUGAGAUUAAGGUCGAGGCUGUGGAUUUUGUGCAGGGGAGGUUGUCGAUUAGUUUUGAAGAGGACGGUAGUCAUGGUGAAGAGAGGAUGGUUGUGUUUUCUAGUGAGACUGUUAUGUGGAAGAGAAAGGAUGAGGUUAGGAAAAUGCCGUUGGAGAGGCCUCCUGUGAGGUGGAUGCAUGAGACUGUUACUUGGUGGUUGUUGGACUCUGGGGUUAGGUAUUUGGUGUACUUGGAGUGUUGA